AUGAAAAUUACUUCAAGCAUCUUAGCAGGAGUGUUUGCAGCCACAGCUGGAGCGUUUGGGAAAUUUGGGUUUCAGUCAUUUUACUGGGGCGAGUUUUUAUACUAUGAAGAAUUGUCCUUAAAAAUAGCUUGCAUAAUCAUUAUGCUGGUAUUAAACUCUUUGAUGAUCAAAUUUUUCAUGCAGAGCUUAAAAGACCUUGGCGCUUCAAAAGCGACUGUCAUCAAUUUUACCUGCAAUUAUAUGAGUUCUGCUGUUUUCGGCUACCUGGUCUACUCAGAAUACCUGUCUCUUACAUGGGGUUUAGGAGCUUUGCUGAUGAUAAUUGGAGUUUAUAUAAUAUCAAAAGAUAAUUAA